GGCUACAAACAAACCUGUAGCUCACACACACAGUAGCAGGUUUGAGGGCCAACCUAUUGUUGUUUUGCAGAGGUUGCCACAGUAACUGGGGAGCUAGAGGGUAGCAGGAUGUCAUGCGGAUCAGAUAUGACUCUGCUUGAUUGCACCGGAGCCAGAAUCUCUGGGUGCUGGUCACUGAGAACUGACCGCAGUGGGAGUGGCGAGGACUCGUUGGACCGGCUCCUGCCUCAUGCCGGGGCCCCGCGCAGAAAGAGCACCGCUUCACUUAGUAAAACAGAGCCCCCUCUGCUCCGCACAGGCACACGCACCAUCUACACCGCCGGCCGCCCUCCCUGGUAUGAUGAGCACGGAGCUCAGUCAAAGGAGGCCUUUGUCAUCGAAUUUGUCUUUGAAAUGCAGUGUGGAUCUGCAGGGCUGUGUGGUGGCAGUGCCUCAGGGAAGACCACCGUGGCCAAUAACAUCAUCGAGGCCCUGGAUGUGCCGUGGGUUGUGCUUCUGUCUAUGGAUUCCUUCUACAAGGUUUUAUCCCCAGAGGAGCAGAUCCUGGCAGCACAGAACGACUACAACUUUGACCAUCCUGGGGCGUUUGACUUCGAGCUCCUGGUGGCCACCCUGCGAAAGCUGAAGCAGGGAAAGAGUGUGAAGAUCCCAGUGUAUGAUUUCACCACACACAGGAGGCAGAAAGACUGGAAAAAUGUAUAUGGGGCCAGUGUUAUCAUUUUUGAGGGUAUUAUGUCUUUUGUGGACAAAGAGCUUCUUCAGCUCCUGGAUAUGAAAAUCUUUGUGGAAACAGACUCAGACAUCAGACUUGUCCGCCGGCUCCGCAGGGACAUCACAGAGCGUGGCCGGGACAUUGAAGGCGUCAUCAAGCAGUACAACAAGUAUGUGAAGCCUGCCUUUGAGCAGUACAUCGAGCCGACCAUGAGGCUAGCUGACAUCGUGGUACCUCGAGGUGGUGGGAAUAUGGUGGCGAUUGAUCUGAUAGUUCAGCAUGUCCACAGCCAGCUGGAGGAGCGUGAACUCAGUGUCAGAGCGCUCCUGGCCUCCGUCCAACAGACUCAGCCACUGCCUCAGACUCUCAGUGUGCUGGAGAACACGCCGCAGGUCCGAGGCCUGCACACCAUCAUCAGGAACAAAGAGACCAGCCGAGAUGAGUUCAUCUUCUACUCAAAGAGAUUAAUGCGUCUUCUCAUCGAACAUGCACUAACUUUUCUACCUUCUCAGCCUCGUGUGGUUCAGACUCCACAGGGCCCGGAAUACGAGGGCCGCAGCUACAGCGGGAAAGGAAUCACUGGUGUGUCCAUCCUAAGGGCAGGAGAGACCAUGGAGCCCGCCUUAAGGGCCGUGUGCAAGGACGUCCGCAUCGGGAAGAUCCUCAUCCAGACCAACCUGGACUCAGGCGAGCCAGAGCUGCACUAUCUGCGCUUGCCCAAAGACAUCAGCGAGGAUCAUGUCAUCCUAAUGGACAGCACUGUCUCCACCGGCGCUGCAGCCAUGAUGGCGGUCCGAGUCCUGUUGGAUCACGAGGUACAGGAAGACAAGAUCAUGUUGGUGUCGCUGCUGAUGGCACAACUCGGGGUGCAUUCUGUGGCAUACGCUUUUCCAAAGGUUAAGAUCAUCACCACCGCUGUGGACAAGGACCUGGACGAAUUCUUUCACGUUAUUCCUGGUAUUGGAGACUUUGGGGACCGGUACUUUGGGACGGACGGGUCAGUCAGCUUGAGUGAUGAUGAGAACCUGGAGCAGCUGUCACUGUGACUCAAACAGCUGUGAAACACAAACUACCUGAAACCUCUGGUUAAGUCAUUCAGGGAUCUAAGAGAGAGCAUUGAGUCUGAAUUCAGUUUUCUCUGCCCACAUGCAUCACUUGAAACCUCUGCUGGACUUCAGAAGCACCCAUCUGAGUGACUGGCGGAUCUCCGGGAACAGCCUGACGUCGAGUUAAGCGCUGCCGCACAGCCGCACC